CAACGCGUUUGGUGAAACUCUCGGUUCUGUCGUUCAGCUCAGCUGAGAGUUUUCCUCGUAAAUAGCGCGUCACGUGGACGGAUUUUUGGGAACUUUUUGAAAGUUUUAUUCUUUGGGAAAUUUUGGGUUUCUUAUGGUUUCCUUGAUAUGGUGAUGAACAGUCUGCGCUUGGUUUAGUUGUGCCCCUAAAGGAUUCUUGGGAUAAAUAACCGAUCGUCAGAGGGAUAAUGGUGUAUAGAUCCGUCAUCCUUCUAGGAUUCCUGAGCGUAGCGCCGAUUGCCCGCGGUGUCGGCCCCCGUAAACGUGAAACCGACGAAACGGUUCUUUUUGAGGCUCCAGCUAACGAGGACACACUUUAUCCUUGUCCUAAUCCUUGUAGUUGUCCCCCGAAAGAGGGAGAUUGUACGGACUGCGGACCUUGUCCGAGGCAAUUGGGGGAGCCUUGUAACGAGGAAAAUCGCUGUGAUUUACAGAAGGGCUUAAUUUGCAGAUACAGGCAUGGAGACAACGAUGGAAUUUGCAGAGAAUCAUCUGGAGUACCUUGCGUGGUGUACAAUAAAUCUUACGACCACGGAGAGACCUUCAAUUUAGACUGUAGAACACAAUGCGUAUGCCAGAAUGGAACGUAUGGAUGUUCAUCUUUAUGUCCCCAGGAGCACAUAUCACCUAGCGAAUGUCAAAAUCCACGAUUGGUCGAUGUUGCUGGCCAAUGCUGUAGAGAGUGGAUGUGUGACAGUAGAACAGCAGAACAACCGCCGUCUUGUCAGCCGUCAUUUUCCAGAUGGUCGCUUUGUUCGAGCGAAUGCGGUUCCGGAUUAUCCUCCCGGAAGUCUAACUUGAACGCAAAAUGCGUCCCGGACACGGAGAUUCGGAUAUGCCAAACCAGGAGGUGUCAGGAUAAGGAUUACGUCGAAGCACAUAGGAAACAUCACCAUUUAAGGAAAGGGCACGAAUGCAAAGCAACCCAUCGGUUAAGCGAACCAGUUUUUCUUCGCUUUGGCCCUUGUAGAAGCAGGAAGAGAUUCCGACCGAAGUAUUGCGGUCUCUGUCCAAUGGCCGGUAUGAGUUGCGAACCAACCCUUAGCACUACCGUUAACGUCGAUUUCAUAUGCGAAGGUCCAGGUGCUCCCGCGGAAAAACCCACCGAUCUCCUUCCGGAAUACUUCGAGCCAGGGGCGGACUUUUGGGCGGACGAAUUCCCCCCCAAGUACGACUCUGACGACUCCCGACUGCUUACCGUACUCGUACAGUGGGUACUUAAGUGCAGAUGCGCCCCGGAACCUACCGAACAAUCGGUUCAACCGGAAGCGAAGGUGGUACACCAUAGGGUGCACCGGACUUAAAUUACAGGGUACCAUUUUAUUUAUUUUUUUAACUAGUUAUUGAUUGAUUUUUUUGUCUUUAAAAGUGGGUGGUGGAAGGUUUAACUAAACAGGAGCAUCAUUUCUGUAUAUAUUAAACAAGUGAAAAUUUGGAAACUUCUUUGAGACAACUUUCUAUUUAAAUCAAAUUGCCUGUCUUACAACUUAAGGCAAAAGGUAGGUCACUAGCUUGACUGCCCGUAUAUAAUAAUUGCUUUAUGAUAUUCCCAAAAUUAAUUAAAACCUACCCCUGCUCUCUAUACCUUUAUGAAGUAAAUAUUAUUAAUUAAUUAAAAACAUAUCAGUUUUAAAUUAUAUCAAGAAUUAACUAAUAUAGGGUCCAUUUUUUUCUCAUACAAGGGGUUGUUAAAGACAGAGAAGCGUAUAUAGUUUUAUAGUCAAAGAGAAAACCAAAGUGUACUUUUUCUAACGUAGGGUAUUACAUUAGAGGUAGCCAAGUACUUUCUUAUUAAGUGUUCAAUUAAGGUGUAUAACGGUUAUUCAAAAUAUAAAUAAAUACGUUGCCAUCGAGUCCACUUAAGUUAAAGUUAAUUUUAAUUUAAUAAACUCCCUGGAGUUUCCGAAGUUCGGAUGGAGUUCUGAAAGUUUAAAGUAAUUGAUUAAUUUUUGAGUUUAACUUCUUGAGCUGCUCUUUGGACCUCUGCGUAGGCGUGUCCCGUUUUAGUUUCAGAUUAUUAAUGAAAGUUAUUUGUCGAGAAACUUUCGGUAUCAGGGUUGUUUUUUUAUUAAACAAAAUGCCUUGUAUACAAGGUGUCUUAGGUCCAUCUAUUUAGAUAUUAAAUAUCGUAGUCCUUGGGUAUGGUAUGAAAAGAAGUAUUCAUAAAAUGUGUUCAAAAUGUUAUGUAGAAGGCAAGGUAGGAUUUAAAUAAAACAAGAUUCAUUUUCCUGUACUUUAUUUUUCACUAUCUUGAUUACGUUAUCUUCCCCUUUUAGUUUUCCUACUAAAAACUUCUUUUAGCUUAAUGUAAAUCAAAUACUGUACACUUAAGUUGAUGAUGCCUAUUCGAAUUUGAAACGUCCGAUUCUAAAUUUAAUUAUAUCGACUUGGUUGACAAAAAUGGCGCGAUUAUAUGACGUCAUUCAUUUCAAAUAAACGCGGGAAAUAAACAAAAGUGAUUUUCCCAUAGGUCCGCAUAAUUUCGGAAAUAUUUGGAAAGCAUUUCAUUGAAUACUAAAAGUGUUUUUCUAGCAUAGUUUAGGCAAUGUGAGUAAGACAACGUCAAUUUAUCACUCUCCUCUGUAAUAUGUCAGAAUGAGACAAAGAUAUUAGCAAUGACACUUGCUCUUUUCCUAUAUCACCCUUUGAGUUCUCUAUCAUUGUCUGGAUUUUCUGGAAAUUGUGUUUUUCUGUGACAAUGUGAGUGAGAAAACCUCAAUUUAUCACCCUCCACUGUGAUACCUCAGAGUGAGACAAAGACAUGAUUUUUUGCUCGUUUCGUAUAUCACCCAUCUUUUAACAGUUAGUUCCUAGUUUACUUAAUUAGUUCUCGAACUUUUCCACUAAACCCUCAUACUAACCAUUCAUAAAAUUCAUAUUAACCAUUUUAUACUUAAAAAUAUCAUCGCAAAGUAAUUAAAAAUUGUCAAUAAUUAAACGGGAAAACACGAAAAACAUUAAAUAUCAACGGGCAUUUGUUUUAUAUAUUCGAUAAUAAAUUACUGCUUUGCGGGAAUUUUACCGCAGUAAUAAUGACUUUGGUGAGGGUUUUAAUUAAAAUUUAUGGUUUUUUAUGCUGCACUUAAAACUAAUUAAUUAAUUGAAAUAAUUCCUUAACCGUUAUGCACCUUUACCCAAGUAAGUUAAUAGAAACAAUAAGAAAUAAUGUAUAAUCAUCGUAUACAUAUUAAAGGACAUUUCAUGUAAAUACAAAAUUUGUAUAUUUACUUAAUUAAGGGUUAUUACAUGACAUAAUGACUUAAUAAAGUAUCUUUUCAAUCACA